UCAUGGAAGUUUGUCCUCCUUUUCCGCGUGGAGCGGCUUGUUGUUAGUUCUCAACGUAAAAGCGCUUCAGUAUAUUAGCGUCGUAAUGGCUUCUACUGGCGGCACCUUGGACUCUCCUGUGAAGCAGAUCCAGAUCGACGGUUUGGUGGUGCUGAAGAUCAUCAAGCACUACCAGGAAGAGGGCCAGGGCAGUGAGGUGGUUCAGGGCGUCCUGCUGGGCCUGGUGGUUGAUGACCGGCUGGAGAUCACCAACUGUUUCCCCUUCCCGCAGCACACUGAGGAUGAUGCUGACUUUGAUGAAGUCCAGUACCAGAUGGAGAUGAUGCGUUCUCUGCGUCACGUAAACAUCGACCAUCUGCAUGUGGGAUGGUACCAGUCCACCUACUACGGUUCCUUUGUCAGCAGAGCCCUGCUCGACUCCCAGUUCAGCUACCAGCAUGCCAUUGAGGAGUCUGUUGUGCUUAUCUAUGACCCUAUAAAGACAGCCCAAGGCUCGCUGUCCCUGAAGGCCUACAGGCUCACUCCAAAACUCAUGGAGAUCUGCAAAGAGAAAGAUUUCACACCUGAAGGAUUGAAGAAGGCUAACAUUGGCUUUGAUCACAUGUUUGAGGAGGUGCCCAUUCUCAUCAAAAACUCUCACCUUAUCAACGUGCUGAUGUGGGAGCUGGAGGACAAGUCCACAGUCGCUGACAAACACGAACUACUCAACCUAUCCAGCAGUAACCAUUUGGAGAAGAGCCUUCAGCUCCUGAUGGACAGGGUGGAUGAUAUGAACCAAGACAUAGUCAAGUAUAACACCUACAGCCGCAAUCUGAGUAAACAGCAGCAGCAGAAGCACCAGUAUCUCCAGAGGCGGCAGCAGGAGAAUGCCCAGCGACAGAGCAGAGGGGAAGCGGCCUUGCCUGAGGAGGAUAUCAGCAAAAUGUUCAAGCCCCCCCAGGCUCCACCUCGCAUGGAUACGCUACUUAUUGCAGGGCAAAUUAACAACUACUGCCAGAACGUGAAGGAAUUCACCUCUCAGAACCUUGGGAAGCUGUUCAUGGCGGAGGCUCUCCAAGGCCACAACUAGAUGAGAAAACAGAGUCCAGAGAAAAGGGCACAACAGAGCAAGAAUAUAUUCAAAGGCAAAGUUAAUCAAAGAGCUGAAGUGCGGUCCUGUUAUUUCUGGAGAAUCUAUUCAUUGUUUUUACACCAUUUUGGCUACAAAUGUAACUUCGAUUUAAGAUUGCAAUAAAAGUGAUGCAGCUAUUCA